ACUGCUUGUGCAGGGGAGUAUAGGCUGUGUUGUCAGCCUAGUGUCAGUCUGAUGAAGAUUGGCAUUCAGACUUUGUGUGGAGGACCGGACACUAAGGUGUGGAAGAGCAGACAACGACAGCAUUGACUACUGCUUUGUUGCAGAGGGCAAACUAACUGUCUCCAUGUGAAGCUGUCCCAUGAUGCAACAUGUGUCCCCAGCACCAGCACUGACAAUGAUGGCCACCCAGAGCGUUCCUCCACCAUCGUACCAGGAGAGCCAACAGAUGACAGGCACCACCCAACAGAACUCCAAGGCCCAGCAGGUCCACAUCUCAGCAUCCUCGGCGGCUGGGAACACCCCCGUCAGUGUGACCCUUGACCCCCAGGCCCAGCUGGAGUCAGACAAGCGGGCCGUGUACAGACACCCUCUAUUCCCACUGCUGGCCCUGCUGUUUGAGAAGUGUGAGCAGGCCACCCAGGGCUCCGAGUGCAUCACCUCUGCCAGCUUCGAUGUGGACAUCGAAAACUUUGUCCACCAGCAGGAGCAGGACCACAAGCCAUUCUUCAGCGAGGACCCUGAGCUGGACAACCUGAUGGUGAAGGCCAUCCAGGUGCUGAGGAUCCACCUGCUGGAACUGGAGAAGGUUAAUGAGCUCUGCAAGGACUUUUGCAACCGCUACAUCACCUGCCUCAAGACCAAGAUGCACAGCGACAACCUGCUCCGCAAUGAUCUGGGUGGACCCUACUCGCCCUCGCACACCUCACUUAGCCUGCAGCAGGACCUCCUCCAGACGUCCUCUCCGUCCAUGACAUCAGUCUCCAGCUCCGUCAACUCCUCGGGAAUCAUGGUGCCCACCGGGACCCUGCAACAGGGCAACAUUGCCAUGACUACCAUCAAUUCCCAGGUGGUGUCAGGUGGAACCUUGUAUCAGCCGGUUGCCAUGGUGACAUCGCAAGGGCAGGUGUUAACCCAGGGACUCUCCCAGGGGACCAUCCAGAUCCAGAAUUCACAGGUAAACCUGGACUUGGCUUCACUCUUGGACAGUGACGACAAGAAGCACAAAAACAAGAGAGGUGUCCUGCCCAAGCAUGCCACCAACAUCAUGCGCUCCUGGCUCUUCCAGCACCUCAUGCAUCCCUACCCAACAGAGGAUGAGAAAAGACAGAUUGCAGGACAAACCAAUCUCACCUUAUUACAGGUCAACAACUGGUUUAUCAACGCUCGCAGGCGCAUCCUCCAGCCCAUGCUGGAUGCCAGUAACCCAGACCCAGCCCCCAAGGCUAAGAAGAUGAAGUCCCAACACCGUCCAACCCAGCGCUUCUGGCCAGACUCCAUUGUGGCUGGAGUCUUGCAGACACAUGGACCUCACUCUAAUAACGCCGACAACCCCCUAAGCUUUGACACCCUCCAGCCCCUGUCCUCUGUCUCAGCCACACUGUCCAUGCAGCAAGCCAUGCUCGGGGGAACCGAUGACUCCAUGGAUGGCACAGAGGAAGAGGAAGAGGAAGAAGAAGAGGAAGGGAUGGAAGAGGAGGAGGAAGAGGAGGAUGAGGAGGAGGAAGAGAGCGAGGGAGGAAGGAGAGAUCUGGGCAUGGAGCAUAGAGAGGGACUCGAAAAAGUUCACCCCAGCCACACUACCUGUUGCAAGCUGACACGGGCUGGCACCUGUGUCUCACUGGGCAAUGGCACCAGCGAACCUGCCGCCAUUGGGCCUCGCCAACACAGCUCUGGUCUUCAGAGGUCCGUUUGGUUCAGUUGUCUCACUGCAUUUAAUUUCUGGAUUUCCACCCUGCAGUCACCGGUCACUGGAAAGAGCAAGCAGAUUGAAGGCCCCAAGAUGUCCAUCGCUAAUGCGGCUGCCCAGGCCAUGCUGUCAGACGCCCUGCUACGCGACGGCGCUGGGGGCAACCGCAUCGGUCACCUGGAGCUGGAGCUGCCACUUGACAGGGUCAUCAAGUUUGUGUCCGUGGGGCUGCCCUUACUGCUAGUGUCCAUGGCCUUCGCUCGAGAAAUCUCCAUCGGCCCACAGAUCAGCUGUUUCCCCCCCAAUAACUUUACAGCCAAGCAGGCAGCCUACGUGGACACAUACUGCUGGGACUCCCUGAUGCACCAUGAGUUUGACACAGAUGGAAACUUUGAGGAGCGAUCCCUCUGGGUGCACAAGAUGUUCCCGUACUCUCUGUUGGCUAUGGCCAUGAUGAUGUACCUGCCUGCCCUCAUCUGGCGUUUCCUGGUCAUGCCGUCGUUGGGCUCCGACCUGCUCUUCAUCAUUGACGAGCUGGACAAAUCCUACAACCGCUCCGUGCGAUUGGCUCAGAGCAUCCUGGAGAUGCGCCAGAACACCCAGAACCCCUUCACCUUCCAGGCCGAGCUUGAGAGGGCCAAGCGGAAGCGUUACUUCGAGUAUCCCCUGUUGGAGAGGUACAUGCAGAGCAAACACGGCUCCUACUUCCUGGUCAGCAUGCUCUUUCUGCGCGGCUUCCUCUUGCUCACCUUCAUGUCUGCCGCCUGCCUCUACCUCGUCUACUUCCACCUAUCCGCCUUUCUCCAGGAUGAGUUUAGCUGCUUUGUCCGCACCGGCUUGCUGCGCGACCAAAACUGGGUCCCAGAACUGGUCCAGUGCAAAAUGACCGGCCAACUGGUCUUCCAGGUUAUUAGCGUGGCUAACGGCGCUAUCUACGUCCUUCUGGUACCUAUCGUGCUGUUCAGCUUGGUCCGCCUCUUCUGUUGGGAUACGACUCUAUUGUCGGUCUACGAGGUUCUACCCGCAUUGGGACUUAACAGCGGUCGCAAGCUGGGCUGCCCGCUCAACGACCUCAACGUUCUUCUGCUGUUUUUGCGAGCUAACGUGGCGCAUCUGCAGUCUUAUGGCAGGCUGAGGGCCGUAUGCUCGCUGGCAUCCCCGCAGAUCGGGAAGGGGAAUGGCGUGAAGGGCGCAGGGAUGCUGACGGCAGAGGAAAUCGAGGAGAGGGCCGAGGCAGCACAGGAGCUGGAGGAGGAAGUGGAGGAGCUGCAGGAGGAAGGGAAGCUCAACCUGGUGGAUAUCAUGACCAUUUUAGGAGCGGCCCGGGGAAACGCGGUCAACUGCACCGAUUCCAGGCCUCUGGUGGAGGAGAAUAUGAGUCUGGGUACUGUAACUCUUAUCUACACUCUCAAACGUAUUCUGCUUGUGGGAUUGUUCGCAUAUAUUGUUUGGGAUGUUCAGAAAAUUAUAAAGUGAGGGAGCUCUCUCUGCGAGACUGCAGAUCAUGUUCAAAUUAAAUAAUGGAUGGUGGUGAAAGCAGUUUUCAUUGAAUAGCCACUCUACUUACUGAAUAUUGGAUGAGGAGGCAAUAGUAGUAAUGGACUUCACUUGAGAUGGCAGUUUUGAUUCAAACUUUUCCAUCUACACUGUGAUACAAAAAUGUGUUCCACAAACAUUAACUGUCCACAAAUGGUUUUCUUAUACAUGUACUACUAUACCAGUAGGCCUAAUAUAAAUAAGUAUUACAUGUUAGAGAGUUUUUCCUCAGGACUGGAAAGCCUAUAAUUCUAAAAGCGGCUUUUUUUAGGAACUACAGCAAGAGAGCAGAUACAAUUAGUUCCCACUCCUAACUCCCCUCUCUGUCUCCUUACAGAGCCAAACCACCAGGGGUACCAUGAGUUGAAGGAGACUGCAUCAUGUAAUCGUUACUAAACCACCAAUUGACUGAACCAUCAAUGUGACACCAAUUGAGGGGGAGGGGGGGGAUCAAAAAAGAUAACCUGGGAGAGAAGCGAGGGAAGGGGUUCUGUAUCCAGAGAAGUUGUUCCAAAAAGCCUCCAUUAGAAUUAAAAGCUUGGUGGUUAACUUGAGCGAUGUAGUUUCUUUAUGUAUGACUGAGCUUCUGGGUCGUUGUGACUCAUCUUAAUUUCAACCUCAGAUUUCCUACUUUUCUUUAUUGUUAUGCGUUUUACUGUACUUGAUUUUGUGAUUUAUCAGCAAGGAAAGUUGUAUGUGUUAAAUGUCAAACAGUAACAUUUUGUUUGUUCUAUGUCAACAGAUACCAAUGUAAUGAAUAAAGUUAUUUUUAUGA